CUCUCUGUCCUUCAUAGAAGCUGCAAGGUUCUCCAAUCUGAGACGAGCGUGAUAAUAGAGACUAGAAACAGUUAGGGAGACAGAGGUGUGGGAGAACCUGAAAUCAGAGAGAAGACAAAUGGUUUCCCUUGAAGGAAAUUUUCCCUUAUCUCCCCCAGGCAAUGAGUUCUACUGGGACAACCCCUGUAAGGUGGGCAGUCUGGUGAACGGUUCUGACGGCAGCCAAUUCUACCGCGGGCCCGGUACCGGAACCAGCAGCUAUCUCACCCACGGCAGGAUGAAGAGCAGGAACUUCAUCAAAGGAGACGACGCCAUCUUCUUCCUCGGUCUGGAGGACGUGUCUGCACUGCUGGAGACCCAGCCCCUCCCUCGUUCUGCUGUCCAUCAGUCCGAGAAGAGUGCCGUAGUAUCACCCAGCCAGGAGACCACCAACACCUCUACAGUGGUGAUGGCCGUGUCCAUGAGCUUGACGGCAGUCAUGUUCGUGGUUGCCAUGGCGAGCGUGGUGUACGCCAGGAGAUCGGAGAGUGACGUGAUCGUUGUGGAGAACAUUGACAUCUAG